AUGAAAUUGACACUACCGGUAGUAUUCUGCUCGCUGGCGGCAGCAUUCGAUGUUUCCAGUCAUGGACCAUCUCAAGUCUCCCACCGUGACACAUCCUCAUUCAUUCAUCCAGGCCUCCUCCAAACAGCCUCUGAUUUCUCACGCAUCACCUCCAAAGUAUCCAGCAACACCGAACCCUGGAUAACAGGCUGGUACAAAUUGACCAACAGCUCCAACAUCAACCUAGACUACACGCCCUCCCCAAAGACAAUCGUCUAUCGCGGCGCAGAUGGCACCCACACCGAGAAUUAUCCCUCUCUGUACAGAGACAUAGCAGCCGCCUAUGCAAUGGCCAUCUACUGGAAAGUGACCGGCAACACGAGCUACGCCGACGUCGUCGUGAACAUCCUCGACGAAUGGAGCUCCACCCUGACCGAGAUCUCCGGCACGACCGACAUGUACCUCGCCGCAGGCAUAUACGGGUACGAAUUCGCCAACGUCGCCGAGAUCAUGCGCACGUAUUCCGCAUGGCCGAGUGCUAAUUUGACCCGCUUUGCGAACAUGAUGGUCGACGUCUUCUAUUCCCUUAAUCAUGAUUUCCUGCAGAAUCACCACGGCGCCGCUGUUGAUCAUUACUGGGCAAAUUGGGAUUUGUGCAAUAUUGCCUCCGUCUUGUCUAUUGGCGUCUUGACUGAUAAUCAAACUAUGUUCGAUGAGGGAUUGACUUAUUUCAAGUCUGGUGAGGGAAAUGGCCAGAUUGAAAAGGCCAUCUGGAAGCUGUAUGAGGUGGAUGGGGAAUCCCUGGGUCAGGGUCAAGAGGCAGGGCGUGAUCAGGGCCACUCGAUGUUGGAUUUUGCUCUCCUGGGACCUAUUGCCCUGACAGCGUAUAAUCAGGGGACUGAUCUGUUUGAGUAUUUGGAUAACCGCAUUCUGGCUGGUGCGGAAUACGUCGCCAAAUACAACCUUGGCAACGACGUUCCCUACACGACCUACAACAACAGCGACGACGUAAACCAGACGGUUAUUAGCAAUUCCAGUCGCGGAGAUAUCAGACCCAUCUGGGAGCUGCUGUAUAACCAUUAUGGUGUACUUAAGGGACUGGAUGUUACUUACACGAGGGAAUAUCGCGAUUUGGUCGUUGAGGAUGGCGAUGGAGCAGAGGGCGGUGGUGGCGAUUAUGGAACUACGAGUGGUGGGUAUGAUCAGUUGGGAUGGGGGACACUGUUGUAUACGCUUGAGUGA